AAAAAAAAAAAAGGUCUCCUAAUAUUAUUAUGCACUUAUCUACUGUAAAAUUCCUCUUCUUUUUAUUUAUAUAAAUUUGUAUAUAUUUAUUCAUAUAUCUAUUAUUAUUAUUUUCUCUUUUUUUUUUCUUCUUUAUCUUUAAAAGAAUUUCAACUAGAAACAUGAAUAGUCAAAUUAAAGAUGAAUCAACAGCAUCUAAACCACCAUCAUUACCACCCAUUCACCAUUUGCCACCAAGAAAAAGACUUUCCUUAGAAAAGAAUAAAAAUCCUCUUAACGUUAUCUCUAAUAAAGUGAACGAUGAAUAUAAAGAAAAAGUGCAACCAUUAAAAAAGACCUAUAGUAAAACAGCAGUAGCAUCUAUCAUUGCCAAUCAAAAUAAAGUACAACAAAAGACUAUCUCUAACAAUAAUGGGAAUCCAUUAUUAUGGAAUAAUAUGAACAUGAAAGAUAUAUCCGAGGAUACAAUUAUUGAUUCAUUUAAAGAAGCUUGGUUUAAGAAUCAUACAAAUGAUAAAAUAGUUGUUGAAAAAAAGAAAGAGCGUACUUCUUCUAUUUCCGCUACUACUACUACGAUUAUAGCAAAGAAAAAGGAGCAUAAAAUUAGCAGUAAACAAACUAAUAGUAACUUUGAUAGUAAACUGUAUUGCAUUUGUCGACAACCUUAUGAUGCACGUCGAUUUAUGAUUGCUUGUGAUCGUUGUGAUGAUUGGUUUCAUGGAGAAUGUAUGGGUAUAAAUGAAAAAGAAAGUGAAUUUAUUGAUCUUUAUUUUUGCAAAGCGUGUUCAGAUGUGAUUGGGAAAAAAACGUCUUGGAAACCAAAAUGUUCAAAUCCAGCAUGUUAUAAAGCAGCAAGAAUUGGAUCUAAUCUAUUAGGUUAUCUUUCUAAAUACUGUUCAGAUUCAUGCGGUUUGCAGGUUGCACGAGCACGUUUAGAAUUGGUUGAAAUCAAACGGCGACAAAAUAAUACAACGAAUAGCAGCAGCAGUCCUACGCAGAAGAAUAAAUCAAUCAUUGAAUUGGCAUUAGCAAAACAGAGACAGUCUUAUAUAAAUUCAAUGGCAGACAAAGAAGAUCGACAAAGACUUGAAGAAAUAAAACAAGAAAAAAGAUUAAUACAGGAUUCAAUAUCAAUUAUCCAAGAAAGAUAUCAAUUACUAGAACAAACUUUAUUAGUCGUAGAUAAUAAUAAUAGUGACAGUAGUAGUAGUAGUAUCUGUGGGUUUGAUUCUAGAUUAAUAUAUGAUACUGAAGAAAAUAAAAAGGUUUGUCAACGUCAUGCUUGUCUUCAACAUUAUAAAUGGAAAGAAUUAUUUCCUGUUAAAUUUGAACAAGAAAAACAAGAAGAAUAUAAAAGAUUAUUCAAAUUAGAAAAAGAACAAAAUCAGAUAAAAUCAAGAAUGAAAAAAAGGCGUAGUGAAAAAGAGAUUAUGAAGAAUUUAGGAAAUAUGACAUAUUUAUACUAAGCAUCUUGUUGUUGCCAGGGGCAGAUAUCAGUAGUAGUAGCAGUAGUAGUAGUAGUAGUAGUAGUAGUAG